UAUGCGCGGAAGGGGCUCAGUCUAAAGAAAAAGAGAAAACAAAUGUGUCUCCAGCUUCCCUCUUUCGCGUCGCCGCUCUCUCGGUCUCAGCUGUCCUGUCUCUCCCCUUCUCAUUUCUCCAUCGCCGAAACCAGCUAGGGCUCAGAUAAAAGAAGCUACUGCUUCUACAGCUUCUCUUCAGUUUUCUCCAUAGAAAAAAAUUACUUCAUCUUUCCGUUUCUAUCUGUUGAUGAUUCCGUGUCUACACUCUCUCUUCUAGCAUUGACAAAGCUCAUGAGCUCACCAUUCAAUCGAUUAAUAUGCAUAUCUCUCUGACAUGUAUCAACCUCUGGGCGUACACCGCCUCAUAUACCGUACUCGCAUUGCCAGCUACGUUAAAGCUGGUCUCAUCGAUUAUGCAGUCAAGGUGUUCGACGAAAUGACUUUGUCAGAAUGUCGUGUUUUUGGCAUCGAUUAUAACCGAUUUAUUGGCGUUUUGAUUCGCCACUCUCGCUUCGAUUUAGCCCAUCACUACUAUUCUAAAAUGGCCCCUCUUGGGUUCUCCUUGUCUUCCUUUACUUACUCUCGUUUCAUUUCAGGUUUAUGCCAGACAAAAGAGUUUAGCUUUAUUGAUAAUUUGUUAAAAGACAUGGAGAAACUUCAUUGUGUACCUGAUAUUUGGGCUUUUAAUAUCUAUUUGAAUCUUUUGUUUCGCGAGAAUAGGGAAGAGUCAGCAUUGGAGGUGUUUGGGAGAAUGGUUGAGAGAGGGAGAGAGCCUGAUGUGGUGACAUUUACUAUUAUUAUUGAUGGUUUGUGUAAAAUGAAGAAAUUUAAUGCUGCCGUUCAGUUUUGGCUUAAUAUGUUAGAUAAAGGUAUUAGGCCGGAUAACAAGGCUUGUGUGGCGCUUGCUGUUGGCUUGUGUGAUGGGGGGCAAGUGGAUUUAGCUUAUGAGCUUAUAAUUGGUGUAAUUAGUGGUGGUCUGUCAGAGGUUAGUACAUUGGUUUAUAAUGCAUUGAUUAGUGGGUUUUGUAGAGCAGGUAGGAUUGAUAAGGCGUUGGCUAUGGUGUCUUUUAUGAGUAGGACUGGGUGCAACCCGGAUUUGGUUACAUACAAUGUGUUGUUGAAUUAUUGUUGCAACGAGUUUAUGUUUGAGGAGGCGGUGAAGUUGUUGAAGAAGAUGGAGUGUAGUGCGAUAGAACCUGAUGUAUAUAGCUAUAAUCAACUUCUCAAGGCACAUUGUAAAGCUAAUCACCCGGAUAAAGCUUAUCUGUUUAUGGUGACGAAGAUGGUGCCAAAAGGUUUUUGUGACGUCGUUUCGUACAAUACUAUUAUCAAAGCAUUUUGCAGUAUUAGUAAUAACAGAAGGGCCUAUAAGCUGUUUGAGGAAAUGGGACGAAAGGGGAUUGCCCCAGAUGUGGUAACGUUCACAAUACUUAUAAAAGCUUUCCUUAGAGAAGGCAAUUCUGAUAUAGCAAAGAAGCUUCUUGAUCUGAUGGCAGGAAUGGGCCUUUUGCCUGAUCGUAUAUUUUAUACGACAAUCAUUGAUCACCACUGCAAGAGUGGGAAAGUUGAGAUGGCUCACAGCAUUUUUUGUGAUAUGGUAGAAAAAGGUAUUACUCCUGAUGUGGUUUCAUAUAAUGCCCUUAUAAAUGGAUUUUGUAAAUCUUUGAGAGUAGGUGAAGUUAUGCAUCUAUAUGAGGAAAUGCUGCAAAGAGGAUCCUUUCCUGAUGAAGUGACUUAUAAGUUGAUCAUUGGAGCUCUUGUACGGGAAAAUAAGCUUUCAGAUGCUUGUAGGGUGUGGGAUCAGAUGAUGGAGAGGGGCCUCACUCUUGACAGGGGUAUAUCUGAAAUGCUGAUCAAUGCCAUCCAGUCAUGAGAAGUAUCAUUGAAACGAGAAACGUCAAUUGCAAGCCCAAGUUUUGGAGUAUUUUGUGGUUGGAGUACAUCUUAGCAUGCCUAAAUUGCUACUACUUCAUUGACACUUCAUCGACUUCUUUCACAAAUGGCAAUAAUGAGACACUCAGUGCAUGGUGGGGUUGGUGCUUUGAAGUCAGAUGCUUCAAAAAAAUAUGGGGCUUAUCCUCGCUACUUCAACGGUGUCAGACAUCCAGGAUCGCUAAUGAUGGAUUUCAAGCUUUAAAAUCCAGAUGCAGAUGUAUGGCUUCUCAAAUCCUAAAUGUAUCAAAGGAGAUGAGCUAAUUAAAGGGAAAGGUUUCGUCAUGUUGUCUGAAUAUCUGUUAGCUGCCCCUUUUGCCGAUCUCAGAAUUUUAAUAAAAUACAUCUUAUUCUGAGGAGAGCUCAGGGCUGAAAUUGUGACUCCAAUUGAUAGGCCUCCUACAAAGAUGACAUACAGAUGAAGAACUGAUUGCUUAUUAAGUGAGCCUUCUCUUACGGAGCUCAGAAUUUUUUUUUUCAAACAUGAGCUGGUAAUUUAAAGUAAAAAAUAGAGCCCUUUAGUGUACCGAGAUUUAUUAUCCUUGGCUAGAAGAAAUUGAAAGCAUCCAA